GACCAGUCAUCCAAUACAUGUCAAGUGACUGUCCCCGCCCCUGGCGCCGCACUUGUCUUCCUCUCCUCCAACGCAUAUGCAGAGUCAGGGAACCCCUCGACCCAGACAUUCUCUACCACGGCGGUCACGAAGACAGUGAACACAGCGAGGAUUGACCCGAGUGUGCUGGCAACCUCGAAUGGGAUGUCAGGAGCCACAUGGGAGCUUGGGAGUACGAGCAAGGGGAACACUGGUGCCAGC